GAAAAAUAAAAAAUUUUAAUGUAUAGAAAGUUAGUUAUUCUAUUGUUUGUUUUUGUUUAUGGUGUGCUUGGAAUAGUAGUUGAUAACAUUUUAGAGAAAACAGUAGAAGUCUCUCUAAGCUCAUUCACCAAAAAUGGACAAACCAAAUCUUUUUAUAUAUCACCAGGCAAAAAUGAAAUAUUUGCAAGGGAUGAAAAUUUGAAAAAUGUGUUGGUGGUCAAAUCAAUAGAAGAAAAUAUAUAUGAAGGAAUAUUAGUCGGUAAGGAUUGUCAAGUUUUAAUUUACAAAGAAAAUGGAAGACAUUAUUUAUACUCAUAUGAUCCAAUUAAAGGUGAUCAAGUUUUGGUUAAAGUUGGUGAAGUAAAAAACAAACGUAUUGAAAUAAAUCAAUUGGUUUCAUUUUCAUGAAAAAAUAUUCAAAUGAUUUACAUAUUAUUUUUAAAUAAAAAAAUUAUAUAAAAAACAGUUAUUAAAUAAAGAACAAUAUUUAAAUUUAAAAAUAUAU